AACGUGUGAUGAAGUGGAUCUCCAAGAUGAUAAGGUGAGACCAUAAGCAGCUAGCUUCUAUUAAUUUAUUCUACUUAAGAAAAGCAUGGAUUAUCUGAAAAAUGAGAUUUUUUUUUUUUUUUUAAAUUUGUUGUCGCUUUUUUAUUUUAGCACAAUGUUUAAUACCGAUAAAACUUGGAAUUUGCACACAAAGAAGGAACCCCCAAAACCACUUAAAAAACAGCCAAAAAAGCCAGAGAGAAAAAUGUCCAGCAAGUCACCAAUCUUUCCGAUGCCACAACCCCAACACUUCAGCGACUAUGGCUUCGACCCCCAAGUCUACUACUUUCAGGUUUUGGAGGAAGCAAGGAGGCACAAGCCGGAGACGACGAGAUCCAUAGACUCCAAACACUUCAAGCUCCAAAAGCCCAUAUCAAAAGAAAAGCCACACCACAACAAAACCAAGAAGAACUGCUGGUGGAAAAGCGCUCUGCAUUUCUUCAAAUGGAACAAGGUGACACCCCACCACCACCACCACCGUGUCUCCGCCAUCCGCGGCGGCGAUGAAGAUGUCCAACACCAGGCCAGGGCCAAAGCCUUCCGGGGAUCGAUUUCUGGGCCGGUUUAUAUCACUGAGAGCAGAAGCGGGUCGUGCGCUCCUUGCCUGAGUACUACCCGGCCGUCGUCUUGGCCGCUCGCCGGGACUAUGUCUCCGGCGAGUAAGGAUGAGAUGGGCAUUCCUUACCUGAACCUGAGGGAGCUCAACAUGGAGCAGCAGCAAAAGAGGAACUCUACCUCUGCCGUGCCUAUAUAUUUGGUUACUUAAUUAGUAUUUCAGGUGUCUACAUUUAAUUAAGGGGUUUUUGAACCUUAGUUCUUCCAAAAGAUUAAAAGUUAAAAAAAAAAAAAUAUAGUACUAGAUUACAUAUUUAAUUUAA